AUGUCGCAUUCUCCACUUAUAUCGACUUUGUCGCCAGAGUAUUUUGAUCCUAACAUUCCUCAAAUUCUCCCACACGAAAAAAUGUACAAGAUCCAAGUAGGAAAAACGCUGUUUAAGAUUAGCGGUGCUUCAUUAAGUUCGGAUGGUCCAAGUUUCUUCACUGAAUAUUUUUCCAAAAAAAGCUUACCUAAUCACAAUAGCAGCAGCAGAAAUAAUACUAAAGAAUCUCCUGAAAAUGAAGUUUUGUUCAUAGACAGAUCUGCGGAGGUUUUCGAAAGGAUCUAUAAACAUUUGCAAGGCUAUACAAUUGAGAUCAAAGACGAAGUUCAAUACACUAUGCUUUUUGCGGAUGCAAUGUACUACAAUUUACCACGAUUGAGAGCCUUACUAAAGGAAACAGACUAUUAUUUUACAAAUGUGGGCGGGCAAUCGUUUAAAGUAGCCAAAAAUUUAUUUAGAAGGAAAGGUGAUUCUCCAAACUAUUUUGAAAUAUACGCUGCCACAGUUUACAUCGAUGUGGAAGAGUUGAUUAUAUCGAAAAAAUUAUUAAGGCCGCCUCCUCACUCUGCUCCCUACAUUCCAAGAUCGUCUGAGUUCUUCAAAGAUCUGCUGACAUUACUGGGAGGAGCAUCCAUAGAUUUGGAUGACAAUAAAAGAGACGCACUGAUCAAGGAAUGCCGUUAUUACAGAUUCUUAAAUCUUGAACAGCGGCUAAUUAAGUGCAGUAUUAGCUAUAACCCGAUAACAAGGAAAGAAGAAAUAUGUCUUUUACUGACGGAUCUGUCCAAAAAAGGUAUUAGUUUCCCUGAUACUAUAGCGUGUUCAGCUUUACCGUUCGAAGAGGACGUCUGUAGUUCAGAAGUUUGUGAUACAUCAUCACAAACUCCUGAACAGCCAGUACCGAAAAAAAUUAAACUUGAUGUCACUGAUGAGAAGGAUUAUUCCUGGAAUGUAAUUUGUUACAAGAGACCAUUUCUGGAUAACCGCGCAAGAGAGCUGAUCUUUCAGAUAGAUUCAACUGAUUCUACAAUAAUGUUCAAUAAAAAAAGUAAAAGCAUUCACUUGGAUAUAACUGGGGAAUCUGCACAAAAGUUCGAAGCGUUGUUUGGAAAUCAUUUGCUAAGUACGCCUUUUGGCCCGAUUGAUUUGAGCAAUUAUCAAUAUCAAUCUACAUCACCGACAUUAGAUACCACACAAGCCAAAGCAGAAACACACUUUUUACUUCCUGCGUGUAUAUUGCUUUGUGACUUAUGUGUGAAUGGAAUCAGGAUUUCCCAGGUAAAAAGUUUGUUAACUGAUAAGAAUAUGUUCAAUGACAAGAUCAUUGACGCCUCUAAUCCAUCAGGCCUUAAAAUGUGCUCCGGUUUGAAACUUUACCUAAGAAAAUCGCUUUGGAAGUUGGCCGUUAAAGAUGGCAAAAUUAUGUUGAUAGCUAUCAAAGCUAUAUCAUUCAACGGAACCAAAGAGUACUAUAAAGGAUAUGAAUAUCUAUAG